AUGAUAGCUGUUGAGCAUCCUCCGCCGGAGGCUGAAAUCUUUGCUGGUCUUAAUAACAUCAUCGCACGAAGCACAUCACCCCAAAAAAGCUACGAAAGCUUGAAAAAGCAAGAGAGUUCCGGACCCAAGGCGCAGCCUACGCCUGCAAAGCCGAAAUAUCAGCUGUGGCCAACUCUCAAGAAAACUGUCUCUAGUUCUGGGCGUAGCACCCCGGACUCAGGAAAGAUGAUGAGAAAUCCGUUUAAGGACGGAGGCCUCAGCCGUUCUCAUAAAAUAAGUGUUCCUGAUCUUAAGCAACUGGCGACGAUAGAUGAAAGAUCGCUUGACUCCCGGGCCUGUGCAGGAGCCGGUAUCGUUCGAACACACAUGAUUGGGUGUGUGGGCGAAGCUUGCAACAGGAAUGUAGAACAGUCGGGCGAGAGUUCAUCCCCAUCACGGAGGAUUGAUAAGAACAGAAUAUGUCCUGUUCCGUCACAGAGUGAGAGACACCAGCCAUUGAAUUCAAGUAAUCUCAGGAGGGCAGCUUUUGAUGACCCCCCUGAAGUUCCACCGAAAUCGCCACGGUUGGCACUUCGGAUCCCGAACAUGCCGGUGUCUUCAUCCGGUGGGGAUAGUUCAAGUACUCCUGUAUCAGGAACCACCGGAGGCUCGCAAAGCAGCAGGCCGCUCGAAGAAAGUCCUUGGACGAGCUCUUCAAACCUGCCUGCUCAAACCUGUUCUUCCGCCAACCCAUCAAGCUCUGAAAAUGCAUCCACUCGUGCGGCAUCUCCGUUAGGCAUAUCAGCAUCUCCAUGCCACAAGAAAAAUAGGACGGACGGACCGAAUCGACCCACCGCAUUUGAGUUUGGAUCAGAGAAACCGGCGGCGGGCGUCAGUAACCACAAGAGAGGGUUAUCGCACGACUCGGUCCUGAAAUGGGGGGGUCAACCCCCGAGGAAGCAUGCAGCAUUUGAGGCUCGGCUAGAUGAUAGAGAGGUGAAGAAGCAGCUUCCGGGAAUUCCAAUCCCCAAUGUUCCUUUGGGAAUCCCUGUACACAAGGCGUUGAGAGUACUUCCGUGCACCGAAAUUGAGGCUCUACAAAAGCAAGCUCACAAUCAAGCACAAAAGUUCGAGGUACUUAAUCGCUGUGAUGUCAAGUCACUUUCGAGGGAGCUUCGAGCACUGCAAAAGCGUUGUGACUAUCUCAGAGAGACGUACAAUUCUCUUCGGACCGGCCGACAUAGCUUGCAUCAACGGAUGAUCUUAUAUCUCAAAUCACCCAGAGUAUCGAAAUUUUCAAGGGAGGGGAUCUUAAAGCAGGAGGAAGCGCUCUUUGAGCUUGAUAGAUCCAUUGACGAGUGGUAUUCCAAAUUGGAAAAUGCAGAGCAGCGGCGGGCUCUGGUACGACAAAAGCUCCUCGAGCAUCUAGCGGCGACCUUGGUUCUACGGGAAUCUCAUCCAGAGCCCGCUGGUACGGAAAAGAAAACUCACGUUGACAAUUCGCAUAAUACCCACAACCAAAAUAAGACGGCUCGCAAAGAUGUGGAAUCCAUCAAGAUAUAUGCAGACGCCGAGAUACAAGCUCUGUUUGCCAAUAUCGAAAAGGAUAUGGAGAGAAUGGCAAAUUCUGGUAGUCCUCUUCCACAUCUACCCGCCGUCGCUUAUUCUCCUGAUAUGAAAGCUUCGGCUUAA